CAACACCAGCAUAUAAAAAACUUCUUCCGACUUUGUACCAGUCUCCGGAAAAAUGGCCUCGAUCGGACGUCUGUCACAGAAGCUCCUCAAGUCCGCCGUGCUGGCCCAAAGCCGUCAGUUUUCAGCGGUAGCUCACGGAGAGCAAGCAGCUAAGACAUGGAAGAUCCUGACGUUUGUGGUGGCGCUGCCUGGUGUCUCUGUGUGCAUGUUGAACAUGUAUCUCAGGUCUCAGCACCAUCAUGAGAUGCCCGAGUUCGUUCCCUACAGCCAUCUGCGCAUCCGCAGCAAGCGUUUCCCAUGGGGUGAUGGCACCAAGUCUCUCUUCCACAACCCCCAUGUCAAUGCUCUUCCCGACGGCUAUGAGCAUCAUGACGAGUGAAGGAUGUCUCAGAACUCUCCAACAGGGACCACAGGGCUUCCCUGGACCACACCUCAGUUUCCUUCAGUUUACCUGACAUCUCUUCAGUAUGUUGAGAUACCUCUUAGCGUUCCACACCUAGUGUGGAAGAACCUUAUGGAAACCAUUAAAUUUACUCUGACUGGACCAUUAUAUCACAUUGUCUGCUUGAACUUUACUGAAAAAUAAAAAUAUAUU